UGGGGCCUGAGCCCUAUGUCCUGGGUCGCCGCCCCCGCCGCCGCGCCGUGUCCGCCCCUCGCCUGUCUUGAGAGGAUACGGGCGACAGCCGGGCUUCGGGUGGUCGUGCAGUCGCUAACCGUCUACGCGGAGCCGCCCUUUCCAGCUGGCGGCUCUUCUCGGCGGGGUCCAGGUCGGGGGGGAAAAUGGCGCCGGCGCCCCGAGGCGUCCGGGAGGAGCCGCUGCUGCAGGGUCGGUGCGGACCCCUUUCCCGGCUCCUCUUCCUCGCCCAGGCCUUCGUCGUCCUGCUGCCGGCCGCCCGCGCAGGCCUCUGCCCCGCGCCCUGCUCCUGCCGCAGCCCCCUGCUGGACUGCAGUCGCAGGAAACUCCCAGCGCCGGGCUGGAGGGCGCUGGCGAGUCCGCUGCCCCCUGACGCCGUCAGCCUGGAUUUGAGUCAUAAUCGGUUGUCCACCUGGAAUAUCAGCUUGGAAUCUCAGACAUUACAAGAAGUGAAGAUGAAUUAUAACGAGCUAACAGAAAUCCCAUAUUUUGGAGAACCAACCUCUAAUAUUACUCUACUGUCACUAGUCCAUAAUAUAAUUGCAGAAAUAAAUGCAGAGGCGUUCCAGUUUUACCUUGCUCUUGAGAGUUUAGAUCUCAGCUCGAAUAUAAUAUCAGAAAUCAAGACAGCUUCAUUUCCUCGAAUGCAGCUUAAAUACCUGAAUUUGAGUAAUAAUAGGAUAACCAUUUUGGAGGCUGGUUGCUUUGACAAUUUAUCGAGUUCCUUGUUAGUGGUAAAGUUAAACCGUAACAGAAUUAGCAUGAUUCCACCCAAGAUCUUCAAGCUACCUCACCUCCAGUUCUUGGAACUUAAAAGAAACAGGAUUAAAGUUGUGGAAGGUCUAACAUUCCAAGGGCUGGACUCCUUAAAAUCUUUGAAAAUGCAGCGGAAUGGCAUUAGCAAACUUAAGGAUGGAGCUUUUUUUGGCUUGGAUAACAUGGAAGAAUUAGAACUAGAGCAUAAUAACCUUACAGAAGUGAACAAGGGAUGGUUAUAUGGCUUGCGAAUGUUGCAACAGCUUUAUGUGAGCCAGAAUGCUGUUGAAAGGAUCAGCCCCGAUGCAUGGGAGUUCUGCCAAAGACUAUCUGAACUUGAUUUAUCCUAUAACCAGUUGACCCGCCUGGAUGAAUCUGCCUUUGUGGGUCUGAGCUUACUGGAGAGAUUGAAUUUAGGGGACAACAGAAUCACUCACAUUGCUGAUGGUGUAUUUAGGUUUCUGUCCAAUCUUCAGACUCUAAACUUAAGAAACAAUGAAAUUUCAUGGGCCAUAGAAGAUGCUAGUGAAGCCUUUGCUGGACUCACAAGUCUCACUAAAUUAAUCUUACAAGGAAAUCAGAUUAAGUCAAUUACAAAGAAAGCAUUCAUUGGUCUUGAAUCCCUUGAGCAUCUAGAUUUGAACAACAAUGCUAUAAUGUCUAUCCAAGAAAAUGCUUUUUCUCAGACUCGCUUGAAAGAACUGAUUCUGAACACUCACAGUUUGCUCUGUGACUGCCAUUUGAAGUGGUUGCUUCAAUGGCUGGUUGAUAAUAACUUUCAACAUUCUGUGAAUGCAAGUUGUGCACACCCUGAGUGGCUAGCAGGGCAAAGCAUCCUGAAUGUGGAUUUGAAAGAUUUUGUCUGUGAUGAUUUUCUCAAGCCACAGAUAAGAACACACCCUGAAACCACAGUUGCUCUCAGAGGCGUGAACGUGACUCUGACAUGCACCGCAGUGAGCAGCAGUGAUUCCCCCAUGUCUGCUGUGUGGCGCAAAGACAGUGAGAUCUUGUAUGAUGCCGAUAUUGAGAAUUUUGUUCGUUAUCAGCAGCAAGCUGGAGAAGCUCUGGAAUAUACUAGCGUCUUACAUCUUUUCAAUGUGAAUUUCACGGAUGAAGGAAAAUAUCAGUGCAUCGUUACUAAUCACUUUGGUUCUAAUUAUUCUCAUAAAGCCAAACUGACUGUGAAUGAAAUGCCAUCUUUUCUGAAAACCCCAAUGGAUCUAACUAUUCGCACCGGUGCCAUGGCCAGAUUAGAAUGUGCUGCAGAGGGGCACCCUGUACCUCAGAUUUCCUGGCAGAAAGAUGGCGGCACUGACUUUCCUGCGGCCCGAGAAAGACGAAUGCAUGUCAUGCCCGAGGAUGAUGUCUUCUUCAUUGCCAACGUGAAGAUAGAAGACAUGGGGAUCUAUAGCUGCAUGGCACAAAACAUAGCAGGAGGCCUCUCAGCGAAUGCCUCACUCACAGUGUUGGAGACGCCCUCAUUUAUGAGACCCCUGGAGGACAAGACAGUAACCCGAGGUGAAACUGCAGUAUUACAGUGCAUAGCUGGAGGGAGUCCUGCCCCUCGCCUCAACUGGACCAAAGAUGAUGGACCACUGCUGGUCACAGAACGGCACUUCUUUGCUGCAGCCAACCAGCUUCUCAUCAUUGUAGACGCUGGGCUAGAAGAUGCUGGGAAAUAUACCUGCAUUAUGUCUAACACUCUUGGGACAGAACGUGGUCACAUUUAUCUAAAUGUCAUCUCAUCCCCUAAUUGUGACUCUUCCCAGAGUAGUAUUGGGCAUGAAGAUGAUGGCUGGACCACAGUUGGCAUUGUCAUCAUUGUUGUGGUCUGCUGUGUUGUGGGCACUUCUUUGAUCUGGGUUAUUGUUAUUUACCACAUGAGAAGGAAAAAUGAAGACUAUAGCAUCACGAACACAGAUUUCUGUUUUACAGAGGAGCUUAAUCUGCCUGCAGACAUUCCCAGCUACUUGUCUUCCCAAGGAACUCUGUCUGAGCCACAGGAGGGCUACAGCAGCUCUGAGGCUGGCAGUCAUCAGCAGCUCAUGCCUCCUGCCAAUGGGUAUUUACACAAAGGCACUGAUGGUGGCACUGGUGCCCGGGUUAUCUGCUCAGAUUGUUACGACAAUGCCAACAUCUACUCCAGAACGCGAGAAUACUGUCCGUAUACCUAUAUUGCUGAGGAGGAUGUUCUAGAUCAGACUCUGUCCAGCCUCAUGGUCCAGAUGCCCAAAGAGACGUAUCUGGCACAUCCUUCCCAAGAUGCCACAGCCCUGGAGAGCCUGGUAUUAUCAGCAGAUAGAGAAAUGUCUGCCUUUCCCACCAACCAUGAGAGGAUGAAUGAGAAGAAACUCCGCCCCACACAGAUGAGCAGUGAAACAUUGCAGCGGCCCCUAUGGAACAUAAGCAAAGAACUAGGCCUGCCUCAUCCUCCGUUUUCCCAGCAGCCCGUCCUUGAGUCACCACAGCUCCAUCAGAAGGAGAGCCUGGCAGAGAGGGAUGCAGACUGCUCCUCUUCCCCCAUGCCGUGCCGCAGGUUACACGACCGUGCUUUUGAUUUUAGUAGGACUCGGAACACUCAAGAGGGAAUCGAGGGCACAUGAAGCACUCCGUGGUGAAAUCUGGGCAAACACCCAAAUUCAUUAAUUUUGUAUUUACUACCUCAGAGUUCAGAAGAAACCCCAAAGUCAGCAUUUGCUUUACUCUUUGUCUACAAUUACAUCUGACCACACCAAGGUGGGCCAGGCACAUGUUUGGGCUUAUACCUGACAAAGAAAGGGUAAUGGCUGACAGAAAAGGGUACAUGUAAUAAACAUGUACAUGCAGCAGGGGCAGAGGAAGAUGCGGGACAGAUGUGCUUCCUGAUGUUUCCAUGGGGAUGUUCCCAGGGUGCAGUGCAUAUUAGGAAGAAUCUCAUUGCUGCUUAACAUGCCAAUUGUCUCAACCUGAAGACUGAUUCUGAGAAAACAUUACUGUUCUAUUUUGCCUUCUAAAGAACAAAAAUAACUUUGGAGCCCUCUGGGAAGUGUUGGGGAUUUGUGGUUUUUAGCAUAGAGUUGAGAGUGGGGCUUUGAUAUUCAAGGUCUUUGGCAAGAAUCCUAGGCUUGACCAACUGUUACCAGGUGGUCAAGGAGUUUUAUAUUCUUGUGAAUCUCUGUUUGUUUUGGGGGACCCCCCUAUGACCCAGGGAUCUCAUUGUAAAUAUAUGUACAUUUAUAAAUAAUUUUUGUAUUCAUUGACCAUAGUGUUGUCUGCAGUGUAAAUAUUUUUGAUAUGCCAAAGUUAUAUAUGACAUCCAGUUAUAAUAUUGACAGCAGCUUCUCAAAUGAUAGAUUUUGUAUAUCUUGGUUUAGUGAAUUUAAAGACUGUUUAAAGUUUUAAAAAUGUAUUUGUUAAGAAGUAUAUGUAUAGAUGCAGGGUACCUAGUGAUUGGGUACACACAAACACAGUCUUGGUGUAAUUAACCACUUCAUACCUAAAGGUUCAUACAGCUACUCAUUUGCCACCGUUUAUAAGUGCCAGGAAAUUACCCUUCUAGGGUAAAAAGGCGCUUUCAAAAUACUAGCAGUCUUGUCAUCGCCAUAUGUAGGUAGAUAAAGGAAAACUCGUUUGGGGAAUAUCUUCUUUCAACAGAGUGCUUUGUUGAUGAGGAAACCAAAGAUUGCUGCUUUAUGUUUGUUUUUUUAAUAUCGUCUCUUCUCCCGAUGCACAGUGUAUCUUAAGAAGGGAAGAGGGCUCUUGGGAGUAGAAGGAUGUGCGGAAAUGUUUACACUAUGAAACUUUGGAGUGGUCCUUGUUUUGUAUAAGAGAUUAUUUAAGCCAAAAGUUUCCCUGAAUUUCUGAUAGCAAAAAGCUUUUUGUAAACAAAGGACUUCACACUUGAGUGGAAUGGACUGGACUGAAGUUCUUGUACUUCCAGAUUUCCUCACCUAGGCGGUCAGAUUCUGUUCUCCAGAUCUGUUAAGUGCUAGCUAGGUACUGGGUAACCACAGUCACUUCCGUGAAAACAUCCAAGUCAGUGUGCACUCCAAGGGCCAGACGCAUAAUUUCUCAGCUCGUUGCUAGAAUUUCAUACUUGUUUCCAAUCCUAAAUUUCCCCCGCAUAGGCGGCAGCACCUGUUGAGCUGUUUUAUACCACCAUGCCUUUCUCUGUUUCCUUUUGAAACUGUCAGCCUUUGUUCACUUUCACUUUGAACUUCUUAAAUACAUUUUUACCCGUCCUUCAGUCUGUGAUCCUUGCCCUUAUUUACGAGGUUGUAGUAUAAUUUGUACCUACUUAGAAUCAAGACACCUGAUUUCAUUCCCUCCUCUGCUACCUACUAGUUGUGUAAUCCGGGGCCAGUCCCUUUACGUCUCAGUCCAGUUUUCUCAUUAUGAAACAAGGGCAUUUUACUAGAUGCUCUGAAGCCCUUUCCAGCUGUAAUAUUCUAUGAAUCUGUGAUCCCUCCAGGAACCAAGGAGGAUUAUACUACUAUAAUAAAAAGCUGCUUUCACAAAAUGUUUGUUAGAGUAGAACAAGAGCAAUGCUGCUUACUCUGGCUUGAGCCAGAUUUAUUUGCUCUCAUGAGAAGAAAUACUCCACUUCUAAACUGUCAGUAAGCAAGGACUCGGACUCCAUUGACAAGCACCCGUUGCUCUAGAACAGCAGGUCUGAGGUUGGUGUCAAGCCCUGCACAGAAUCAGAAUCAGUAGAAGGGUGUGCCACAGCUCAUCUGGAACCAGUUUGGGACCCACUGACCUCUACUGUGUUCAAGGUUAUCCGAGGAGUGAGAGUACUCUCACUCACAUUCUAAUAGACUUUCUUGAGUUAAAAGGGUAGAGUUGGAGCUGGGCUGCCAGUGAACAUCGGCUGUUAUGUGAGACGCAAAACAGGCCAGAUCGGUGCUCUAGAAGACGUCGUCUGCAUGGAUGCUGCCUUGCUUUCAGCAGUGGCCGCUCUCUGCCAGUGGUGUCAGCUUCUGGUCUCCUGAUGGCCAAGCUCUCCAUUGUGUCAACCCAAAUGGUUGCAGCAUCCUCCCAGAUACUCCUAGCUUGUCUACAUAAAUAAAAAACUGGCCUAAAAAUCUAGUCAGGUGAAUAGCCUACUCCGAUCUUAAAAAAAAUAAUGAAGUUAAUAAAUCCUAAUUUUAGGAGGAAUUCCUGAAACUUUUCAUUAUUGCAUCUGUUUUUGACCAAGCAGUCAGUUAACCCUCUGCUAUAACUAAGAUUAAUAGCUCAUCAGUGUUUCUUUCCAGUAGUAUAAUGGCUGCCUGUUGCCAGUUUAACCAGGAUUGUUGCAGAGCCAGGCAGACUAAAAUGUGGGAGCAUCCUCUCUGCCCCCCCACCCGUUACCACUUCUUGCCAGGAGUGAUGCAUAAAUUCUCUUCAUUUGGUCAUACCCUUCAGAACGGUUCUUCAAGUCUACCUGGAAGAACUAGCAUUACCUUGAGCUCCAAGCCUUACUGGCCCAGGGCUACACCUAAGCCACUGGCUUCCUGUCACUCAGCAGCUUCUAAAAUGCUCUCCCUGGUAUACAAGUUACUCUACAGACCAGAAAAUCGUAGCACCAGCCCAGUGUGUAGUUCCCUCCACUGUGCCAUCUCUGAAUGCUUCAGAUGUAUGUUUUUCUAUAAGGCAACUUUCACAUUUAAAAACAGUUGCCUUCACACUGCCCUUGGGAGGUUGUAAAAGAAACAUUAAGAUUCUAAGCAACUUAGACUCUUAGCCAUUUUCCUAAGAAAAGGGAGAUGAUAAGAGUCUUUAAUUUUUUAAAGGGUUGUCAUGAAACAAAGAUGAGAUUCACUCUUUUUAUUCCAGAGGACACGGGUCAUAUCUGGGUCAGGAGUUAUGGGGUGGUGCAGAAUACACUUGCCCGUGAUUCUAUGUGAGCUCACUUUCUAACAGUUAGAUUUAUCUGACAGUUGGAAUAAUCGGCCUUUUAUGGGAAAACUACACACCGAAGCUGAACAAUCAUCUGCUAAUAGCUUUGAGGAAAUUCCCGCCUUGAGAUGGAAUGUGGACAAGGUGACCUUUAGGUCGAUUUUAUUUUAUUGUCGGAAAUCUCCAGAAAAACUCUGCCCUUCAGAAUCCUUUAUAUAAAGUAAGUACAGAGCACUUAAAUAAUUUUUAAACUGAAGAAUUUUGGGUUUUGGCCUAUUCUCUGUUAAUGGCUAAAACUGUGAAAGCCUGGGCUUAUUCUUCUGAGGAAACCUGUAACCGGUAGUUAUUACCACAGAUGGCACUGCCUGUAAAGAGCGUAAAGCCUCCAGCGCGUCCCAUCCCCCCUUUACUCUUUGAUUCCUGUUCUCAGUGGGUCCUGUUUUGAGUGGGGUUGCGAGUGUAGCAUUCACUUUUAUACCCAGUAUUUUACCCAGGUGCGUGGUGGUCUUUUCUAAUCGCUUGAAUAUCCGCAGAAACGCCGAGAGGGUAAUGGAGCGACAGGUCCAUUUGCGGCAUUUUGUGCUGCAUACUCUGUUUCUUCUGCUUCUUGGUGCAGAUGACAGAGGUAAUUGCGGAGCAGUGGAGCUACGGUUUCCUUGGCAUCUGCAAGUAAUGUUUCAUCCUGUUCCAUGUUCAGUUUGGCAGGUGUUUUCCCCUCCUGCUCCUCCUGACUUUUUUGUUCGGAAUACAAUCUAAACCGACAUCAGUUCGCCUUAAUUUUCUUCCUGCUUUGGACACUGCCUGGUUUGUUGCAAAAAUAAGUUCUGAAUUGAGAGAUAUAUUACAAGCUGCUCUUAACAAAACACCUGAAAACCCGUGAAUCACCUAAAGGUUUUAUGGGUGCUAAAGGGGGUGUGUGUGUGUGUGUGUGUGUGUGUGUGUGUGGAGUAGUAUUUGGACCAGUUCCCUCAAGGUUGUGUUUUUUAUCAGUCCAAGUAACCUUCACCGAAGGGUGAGGUAAUGGUGAGAAACAGAUUAAUUUGAGCCUCUCUGCAAAAGUAAGGAGUAUAGUUAUCAGCUGUAACUGUCUUGAGAAACUGAUCAUCACGUGGUCAACUGCUCUUAGAAUAUUUCUUGGCUACUUAAAGUGGCCUCUUGAUCCAUAGACUGUUUCUACCCCCUACAUUCCCCCCCAUCAGAGGACAUUAGUCUGAGCAGCCCUGGUACUAGAUGUCCCCAAGGAGAGUUAUAAGCCAAGUUGUUCAGUGUGGCCCUUUCCUCAUAUCUAUUUAUAUUUUCUCACACAUGAGAAUGUAUAUUUUAUAAAGCAUGUGUUUGUUUACUUGUUUAUCUACUGUAGUAUGUCUUCAAUAAAGCUAAAAUACAGUAUGA